AUCCGCAGGGGUUUCCCCCUGCCCUGGCUGCCCCCCUGGACAUGCCUGAGCACAGCGCUGCCUCAAGGCUUCGGCUCUCCGGGCUGUGCUUCUUCCUCCAAAUCCUCAACAUCCUCCUCUUCGCUGUCUUUGUCCGGUACAGCCCAGAGAGCAGCUCCAGCCUCUGUUCCCCGCAGCUGAACUGCAGCCGGAGAAACCAGGACUCGGCUUUCCAGCACCCCCGUUUUCGGGAUGUCCACCUCCAAGUGCUCCUCGGCUUUGGGCUCCUGGUGGCCUUCCUCGGCCGCUAUGGGCCAGGCAGUGUGGUCAUCAGCAUCCUCCUCGUGUCCUUUGCCAUCCAGUGGGCCAUACUGAUCCAGGGGUUUUUGUACUUCUUCCUCAACGGCAAAAUUUACGUGGGAGCCCGGAGCGUGGUCAGUGCUGACUUCUGCACUGCAGCCGUUCUGAUCUCCACCGGAGCUGUCCUGGGCAGGGUGAACCCUGUGCAGAUGCUGCUGCUGGCCCUGCUGGAAGUCACCGUCUGCACCCUCAAUGAAUACAUCCUGCUCAGCCUCAUGGGGGUAAGCGACAGCGGGCGCUCCUUGACUGUCCACGUCUUCGGGGCUUACUUUGGCCUGAUGGUUUCACGGGUCUUGCACCUACCCCCUACAGACAAGAGGAAGAGGGAGGACCAGCAGGACGUGGGGCACCAGCCGGAUGUUUUUGCUGUGGUUGGAACCAUCUACCUGUGGACCUUCUGGCCCAGCUUUACCUCAGCCACCACUGCUGAUGACAGUGCUGAGCCCUGGGCAGUGCUCAACACCUACUUCUCACUGGUGGCCAGUACCAUCGCCACCGUCAUCCUGUCUCCUGUCCUCUACGAGGAGAGCACCCCACGGAUGGUUCAGAUCCAGGAUGCCACCUUGGCUGGUGCUGCCGUGAUGGGUAUGGCUGGGGAGAUGUUGGUCACCCCCUUUGGGGCCCUCAUCGCGGGGUUUCUGGCCGGCCUGAUCUGCCCACUUGGCUUCAGAUUCUUCACGCCUGUCCUGCACUCCAGGAUGAAGAUCCAGGACACAUGUGGGGUCCACAACGUCCAUGGGCUACCGGGAAUCCUGGGUGCCCUGCUGGGGGUGCUGCUGACACUGCUGGCCACUGCAGACACUUUCGGUGACAGGUUGGAGCUCGUGUUCCCUCUGGUGGCCCAGGGCAGCCGGUCGGCCGCUGACCAGGCGUUCUGGCAGCUCUGCGCCCUGCCCCUCACCCUGCUGCUCGCCACGCUCGGGGGCUGCCUCACGGGAGCCGUCCUGAAAACCAAGGCGCUGAGAUCUCCCCCGGACAAGGGAAACCUGGAAAGGACCAUCCUCUGGGAGGUGGACAAGGAAGGAUGUGACCCCAGGACAGGUGGGAUGGAGCCGGGCAUCAGCACCUUGGUGUAACGACCCCAAAUCCCUAGUGAGGUCCUGCAUCACCAGGAUGAACCCUCUGCCAUUGCCAGGUGACUUUUGGCUACCUGAACUUCCCAGCAACCUGCUCUGGAGACAACCACCUUAUCCCCAUGUGGGAGCCAGUUCCUGGUCCCAAAUGUUUUGGGAGAAGCCAGGUGCCCACAGGCCUUUGCAGGGUGAAGAGAUGCUGCAGUGAUGCAGGUGUUUCUGUGGCAGCAAUCCAGCUUUCUCCAGGGACACUUCAGGCUUGGCUCAGCCACCUUCCCUCUCUGCUCUGUGCCUCAGUUUCCCCAUCUGCUGCUCUCUGAAGGGAUGAAUGCAAUGGGGGUGGGUGCUGGUGUUGGAGAAGGGGCACAGGAGGCUGCACAGAAAGCAGCAAAGAGUUUCUACAGACAUUUUUGCACACAACAAUUAAAAACCUCAGAUCUUUUGUAGCUUUGGGAUUUGGCAGUGAAUUCCCACAGCACCUUUGCUGGCUGUUUCCUUCAGGUGUGGUUCCAGGGAAGAAAGAAAAGCCCCCCAGCCCCCCAUGCAUCCCAAAGAUUGUUGCCCAUGAUGUGGGUUUCAUAGGUUGUCAUAGCCACCCAAUACAGUGCCUUGGAGGGUGGGACAGCCAGAUCAGCCAGCACCCAGGGGCAGGAGCAGGGUGACACCGGGGUCCCCAACACAGAGGUGACCCCUGCCUUCCCCUGAUCUCUCACCACCUUGUGCCAGGGGCUGGGACAAAAGAAGACCCCUCUCCUCAAAUCAAGGAGGUACUCCCUGAGCCCUCGGCCCCACUGGGAGAGGGAUGCUCCCUGGCUACUGCAGCCAUCCCCACACACCCCCACAGAGGGGCCCUCACCUCAUCUGCCUGCCCCAGGCAUGGCCAGCAGCCCCCAAAGCUGCCUGGGAGGAGGUUGGAGCACCUCGGGACUGUGGCAGCUCGAGUGGUCCUGCAGCAAGUGGAGCAUGGGCACAGCCCCAGAGGACUCUCAGUGGGGUGAUGGUGGCUGUGCCAGGGGUCCCUGGUGGGGGGGAGACCCUGGGGUCCCCCCUCCCACAAGCCUGGGGCAGCUGCCAGAUGCUUUCACACCUCCUGUGCCAGACUCCAGCGCUCACCACGGGGCGUUCCCGCAGGCACAGGUGUCCCCAGCUGCCAGCACCGUCCCCUGGGAGGGGGUCACAGCCCCACCCCACGCAGAGGGGCGGGGGUCUGCAGGGCCAGGACAGUGAAGUUCGGGGUAAGUGCUUUGCAGCCCAUCCAAAGUGGCCACAGGUGGGACCAUCGUGUUCUGAUGCCUGCUGCUGUUGAAGCACGCAGGUUUUCUUUCACUGACUGCA